AUGGAGCUACUCGACCUACCGGAUGACAUGCUCUCAGAGAUUUCUGAAAAACUUGACCUUCGUGGAGUCUCAAACUUCCGAAAAGUGCAUCCCCGUCUUCGCAAACUCCCAACCAUCACCAAUAACUUCUUGGAAAUCUCAAUUAUAAAGGAAGAUGACUCGAUUUCCGUGAAUUUUGAGUCAGAUUGGGAACGCCAAGGGAUAUUAUACAAAAAAACUGGAGAUGGUUGUUUGGUUAACCAGAAGACGCUCGUUGGCGAGGAUUUUCUGGAGAUUGCUCUCCAGGAUUUUGCAAUAAGUCUACGUUAUCAAAAAGGCAAAUUGAGAGAGUUCGUAGUGGAGGACGAUGAUAAUAAUGAAGUCGUUAAAAAAGUCUCCACUAUUCUGAAGUCACGAGUCAAGCCACUGGCCACAAAGAAUUUCGUGUUGCGAGUACCCAACUCAAAUGAGGUAUCCAACUUCCUCCCGUACUUGGAUGCAACCUCUCUUAGGGAUAUUUGCCUGAACUGCAAAGAAAGGGACAUCCCACUUCGAUUCGAGGAAUUUGAGCAUUUGGAGCAAUGGAAGACCGCGGAACACUUUUGUUGUACGGUCUAUCUUGGGGAUUCCGAAGUUCUCUCACGUUUGAUUCAUUUGGAUACUGUAGACGUUCAUGUGCACAAUCUUUAUAUGAAGGACCUACUCCCUCUAAGAGAUGUCAUUCUCAACGAUGUCUCCAAAUUCAGCAUCUUCACUGUAAACUAUACAAAUUUCGCUGAAGAAGAGGAGUUUGUAAACUUGGUAAAAAUGGAGAAGGAUAAAUGGCCUACUGUAUGUUUCACACACCGAGAGAGAUUGGAGACGACUGAACCUUCCCCACAGAAAUUUCAGGCUGUUUCAUUACAGCAAGAUCUUCUUUAA